UCACUGAAACCAGCUAGACAAGAUACUGAGGGUACAACGCACCGGAGAAGCAACAAGCAUGUACUUCACCACCAGCGCUAAAGAGGAAGAGAAACUCAUACAACAACGAACACGGGGCUUUCAUUAGUUAAAAUAUCACACACAGCGAUGAUAAAUGCAGUCUUCUGAAAAAGAAUGUCACAGCUUUUUAGAUAACUCUUUUCACUAACAAGUAAAACAAUUGCGUCAUUUUGUUUUUAUUUACUAGAAGCAUUACAAAAAAAAAAACAUUUACAGUUACAGAACAUAUCUAAGAACCUGUUAUUGAUGACGUCUUUCUUGGGAUAAGCGGACAACCUGCAUCUAAGAUUCGAAGCUUUUCAAUAAAUCGCAACAAUCGGACUCGCGCUGCUAAGUCAAACCAGCUUGACUUAUCUAAUGACUGGCUUUACCUCUGCAUAAAGACAUGAUCAACAUAACAUGUGCAAAUACUACCAGGAUACACGCCGAUGGAAACCCAGUGGUUAGCACCUUGAUGUUCAUUGCUGGCGUGUUGGGAAACUUAGUAGCGUUGGGGAUCCUGGGCGUCCAUAUAAGAGAGUAUCGCACCAAGUCUUCAGUGUUUUGUAUUUUAGUGACUGGUCUGGCCAUCACUGACCUGUUAGGAACGUGUUUUCUGAGCCCCGUUGUCUUCGUCUCCUAUGCCCGCAAUGCCUCCCUCCUGGGUCUGGUGGGCAGUCGCAGGUUGUGUGACUUCUUCGCGUUUGCAAUGACAUUUUUCGGAUUGGCUUCCAUGCUCAUUCUCUUUACUAUGGCCGUCGAAAGGUGCCUGUCCAUCAGCCACCCUUAUUUCUACUCGAAACACAUCGGGAGAAGCUUUGCUAAGGUGCUUCUGCCGGUCAUCUACAUUUUUUGUGGCAUGUUUUGUUCCCUGCCCUUUUACGCUUUCGGGGAGCACAAGCAGUACUGCCCCGGGACUUGGUGUUUUAUCGAGAUGGAAUCAGGCAGGCCGACGGUUGUGGCUUUCUCCUUGUCCUAUGCGACCCUCAUGGCGGUUCUGAUUCUGGUCAUAAUCAUCUGCAACGGCUCGGUUAUCGUGAGUCUCUGCAAGAUGUACAGGAACCAGAGGACUAGAAGGGGGUCGGUGACUUCAUCCCAGCGCAGAAGGAAAAGUUUCUUUGGUCAGGGAGAGGAAGAAAUUGACCACCUCAUCCUGCUGGCUUUAAUGACUACGAUAUUUGUCAUCUGCUCCCUGCCACUCACGGUAAGACAACGCUGUUGAAAUUCUUUAACUGGGGAAACCACGCUUUGGGCUUAACCUCCCCCUUUUUACCACAGUAAAUAGUAUGUAUGCAUUUGGCAGACGCCUUUAUCCAAUGCGACUCACAGGGCAAUACCAGGUUA